AGCUGCACAUGCGGCUGCUCCCUGGUCCGUCCCGCCCAGCCACAGUCGCGCAGGAACGGGUCCCUGCAGCCCCCAGCCGAUGGCAGGACAGUAGCCGCCUGUCAGGGGUCGUGAAAGGCUGAGGCAGACGCAGCGGCUCCCUGGCCUCAGAGAUCGGGUGUCUCCGGAGGCCAUGGGCUACCCUGAGGUUGAGCGCAGGGAAUCCUUUCCUGCGGCAGCGGCAGCGGCAGCGCCACCACCACGGGAGCGGGGAAGCCAGGGCUGCGGCUGUCGUGGGGCCCCUGCCCGGGCGGCCGAAGGGAACAGCUGCCGGCUCUUCCUGGGUUUCUUUGGCCUCUCGCUGGCCCUCCACCUGCUGACGUUGUGCUGCUACUUAGAGUUGAGGUCUGAGUUAAGGCGGGAACGGGGGGCCGAGUCCCGCCUUGGCGGCUUGGGGACCCCCGGCGCCUCUGGCACCCUGAGCAACCCCGAUGGCCUCGAUCGCGAUGGUUCCAUCACUCACCACCUCGGGCCGUCACCUGAGCAGCAGCCUUUGGAACCAGGUGAAACUACGCUCCCCCCUGACUCCCAGGACCCGCACCAGAUGGCCCUGCUGAAUUUCUUCUUUCCUGAUGAAAAAUCAUACUCUGAAGGUGAAAAUAGGCGUGUUCAUCGCAAUAAAAGAAGCAAAAGUAGUGAAGGAGCAGACGGAAGCAGUUUAAUGGAGGUGGCUGUAAGGGGGAAAAAAGAACCCAAAGGUCCUGUUAAAAACAAAAAGAAGGGAAAGAAGGCAGGGCCACCUGGGCCCAAUGGUCCCCCAGGACCUCCAGGACCUCCAGGACCCCAGGGACCCCCAGGGAUCCCAGGAAUUCCUGGAAUUCCAGGAACAACUGUUAUGGGACCACCUGGUCCUCCUGGUCCUCCUGGACCUCAAGGACCUCCUGGCCUCCAGGGUCCUUCUGGUGCUGCGGAUAAAGCUGGAACAAGAGAGAACCAGCCAGCGGUGGUGCACCUACAGGGCCAAGGGUCAGCAAUUCAAGUCAAGAAUGGUGGAGUGCUCAAUGACUGGUCUCGCAUCACUAUGAACCCCAAGGUGUUUAAGCUACAUCCCCGCAGUGGGGAGCUGGAGGUACUGGUGGACGGCACCUACUUCAUCUAUAGUCAGGUAGAAGUGUACUACAUCAACUUCACUGACUUUGCCAGCUAUGAGGUGGUGGUGGAUGAGAAGCCCUUCCUCCAGUGCACGCGCAGCAUCGAGACAGGCAAGACCAACUACAACACUUGCUAUACAGCAGGUGUUUGCCUCCUCAAGGCACGCCAAAAGAUUGCCGUGAAGAUGGUGCAUGCUGACAUCUCUAUCAAUAUGAGCAAGCACACCACUUUCUUUGGGGCCAUCAGGCUGGGCGAAGCCCCUGCAUCCUAGAUUUUCCCCACUUUGCCCCUGCCCAUAUGCCCCUGCCCUAGGUUUGGGAGCCUGGACUCCCAGAACCUCUGAGUGCUGCUGUGGAUUGAGGUAUAUUGGCAUUGCAGCCACAGAGAGGAAAUUCACCCCCACCCCCACCCCAGUGCUAUUUAUUCCCAAGGUGACUCCAGGAUGACGAGGCCUGCUUGACUUUCUAGAAUGACCCUGACUUAACAGGCCAGUUGAUGGAGCCCCAGGAUUUCCAAGAAGCAGAAUCUUCUUAGGCUCCAUGUUGACUGGCUGAUGGCAUGAUUCUUCAAUUGCAACAUCCCUCUUGUGAGACUUAAGAUUGUUGCACUAAAAUGAGGACCCAGGGCAGCAGGCUAGAGAAAGCAAAGGUGCACUCCAGAUGCUGGAAGUGACCAUCUGAUCCCAAGGAGGCUGCUGCUUCUCUCUUGGCUGGGGCUAGAGGUGAAGGGAGUAACAUUAGGUUACAGCCUAAAGAGAGCCAGGGACGAAUAAUGUAGAUGCUUGUAGCCAAGACUGGGGUGAGAAACCUGCCAAUAUGCUCACCCUUGACAACGGAAGCAGUCUUGCUGUUCUGCCUGGUAACUUGCAGGAGAUUCAAAGAGCUUUUCCCAGGCUGAGAGCCAUGUAGUCAUUAUCAGUAUGCUGGGCUCCAGAGACAGGAGCUUUACUCUGCCUUGGAAUAACUCUGCCUGUAGAAGAACCUGAAUCCAUCUUGGGGCCACAUGUCUCUCACUUUGUUUACAGCUGUGCUCUAUGCU